AUGUAUUAUAAAGUUGAAUACUUAAUAACUGCAAACUAUGUGCGAACAGGGUUAGAGACCGCUAGGAUUGGAUCUCCAGUGGGUCCCCUUAACCCAUCUCCUAGUAUAUUUCGUCAGGCAUUCGCAGAUGAUGGUUUCCCUAGAGAGCAUCAGACCUAUAUACCUAAUUGGGGAGAGGUUGGAGUUGGUCCUGGGUACUGGGAAAACAUGCUAGGUGAAGGUUACGUUUUGCCAAGCUCAAGUGGUAUGAAUGUCCGUGCAAAUGUCAAUGUUAACAGCGUCGGCGAAGGUCUUAAUAUUUCGGUGGCAUCUCCACCGGCGAGACCCACAUAUAUUGUUGAUAUUGAAGGAUCUUCAACAGGCUCUUCAUCUGAUGCAGCGGUUAACAAAAAUGCAGGUCUGGCACCAAGGGAGUGUGGUGUGAGGGAAACAAACGAAAUGCCAAACGUGCAUAUAAUCGACGAGGACCCUUUACCUGCAUAUGGUCGGGCUGAGCCAGAGAAUAUGGUUUACGAGGUGCCCGUCAUCAACGUUGUUGAAGAUGACACUUCUCGCAUCGACAUUGAAGAUACAAGCUCUGAAAUCGCCGGAGGGAAUGGAAACCGUAAGGACUCAAACCUUAAUCCUGAACCAAACGUCUUAUUUGCCGGGAUGGUGUUUAAGAAUAGAGAAGAAUUCAAGCAGCAUAUGGCAAUGUAUGCCAUUAAGAACAAGUUUAGGUUUAGGAAUAGCCGAUCAUGUCCAGAGGGAAUGGUGCUUAGGUGUUUCAGCAGGACGUGCAACUGGCGAGUAUAUGCAGCACUUCUCAAAAACACGCAACUAUAUGAGAUACGCACAGUGGAACUCAGGCAUACCUGCUCGGUUGAUGACAGAUCCGGAUACCAGACACAAGCAACGCACACUGUUAUAGGCGGCAUAAUGAAAGCACAGUUUGCUGGACGAGGAGCAGGCCCGAGACCUAAUGAGAUCAUGCAGGCCAUGCGGGGUAACCAUGACGUCAACAUUUCCUAUUGGAAAGCUUGGAGGUCGCGUGAGUUUGCUUUGGAUUAUGCUAAAGGAACUUGUGGCGCAUCGUACAACCUCCUACCUGCUUAUCUUGAGAAGCUGAUCCAUUCAAAUCCGGGCACAAUCACAGCAAUGCAUACAGAGUACGCUGAAGGGAUAGGCCACAAAUUCAAAUACUUGUUCCUUGCUUUGUCUGCCUGCGUAGAAGGAUACAAGUCAAUGAGGAAGGUGGUGAUUGUGGAUGGUACGCAUUUGAGAGGUAAAUAUGCCGGAUGUUUAUUGACAGCAUCAGCUCAAGAUGGUAAUUAUCAAGUGUUUCCCAUAGCGGUAGCAGUGGUGGAUGGUGAGAACGACAAAGCUUGGGAAUGGUUUUUGAAAAACCUUACACAGUUUAUUCCUAAUGAGGAGGAGGUUGUCUUUGUUUCUGAUAGACAUCCUUCAAUUUACUACGCAAUUGCAAAGGUUUAUCCUCUUGGAAAGCAUUGCGCUUGUAUCCUCCACCUAAAGAGGAAUAUCCGGACACACUUCAAAGACAAGCACCUUGGAUAUCUCGUUGGGAAAGCAGCACGGGCUUACCGUCUUUCGGAGUUCUACAAGACAUUCACCGAGAUAAAAAGGGUAAAUGCAGCGUGUGCUGACUACCUAAUUGGAAUUGGGUUCGAGCACUGGGCAAGGUCGCAUUUCACAGGGGACCGCUACAACGUUAUGACAAGUAACGUUGCGGAGACGUGGAACUCAGUUCUCCGUGAAGCUAGAGAAUUUCCUAUUUUGUCGCUGGUGGAGUACAUAAGAUCAAAGCUGAUGCACUGGUUUUCAUUAAGAAGACAGAUAAAGGCAACAGGAAGCAGCAUAUUAACACCUCGGGUCGUGGAGAUAAUGACGGCUAAUUUUGAAAACAGUGGAGGGUUUAGUGUCAGCUUGGUCGAGACCGGAGAGUAUGAGGUUAAGGAAAGAGAUGGAGAUAUGUAUCAUGUCAGUCUGAACACUAAAACAUGCACAUGCUACGAGUUUCAAACGCUUAUGAUUCCAUGCACACACGCUAUCGCUGCAGCGACAAGGUACAAGGUCCCGGUAGAAACUUUGGCUUGUGAAUAUUAUAGUUUGGCUUACUACAGGGAAGCUUACUCUAUCCCCAUAAAUCCGGUUGUCGAAAUUGAGAAUGUGGAGACCCUGGCAAGCGACGCUUCAGACAACGUCGUCAAAAUCCAUCCUCCAUCAACCAGAAGGCCCCCCGGACGGCCCAGAAAAAGCAGGAUACAAUCUCGUGGGGAAUAUGAGGGCGGAGGAAAGAGAAACACUAAGUGUGGUAGAUGCAAGGGCUUAGGUCACAACCGAGCUACUUGUAAAAUGCCGAUAUAA